CAGCCGCGGGGCGCAUGCGCGCGCGUCUCCUGUCGCCGGCCGCUGCGCUCCGCGGCGCGGAAUAGAAUGAACUGUAACAAAACAAGCCGAGCCUUUGUAUCUGCUUAAAGGGGCCGCGGGCACUUACCUCCCGCCCCGCUCCCCACGGCCCCGCCACCGCGUCUCCACGGCUCCCGGCAACUGGCUGGAAGGGCUUCCUUCACCCUCAGGAACAGCCCGCCCGCGAGGAGAGAAGAGCCGGGCGGGAGGCAAAGAGGAGGCACCGCAUUUGUAAAAGGCAAGAGAGAAAGGAAGGAAGGAAGGAAAAGAAAUAACCCGAGCGGCGCAGAGUGGACUCUGGUCCGGAGAGCACGGGCGGGCGCCGGAACGUGGACCCGGAGGCACCGGAAUGCAAACAAAGCUCGCGGGCGCCGGUGCGGGGCUCGCGGGGAAGCCCAGAAAGUUUGUUUUAUGAUGGCUUGAGUGCGCGAGCGUGUGCAGGGGAGCGAGGCUGCCAAGUUUCUCUCUCCUGUUUUGUGAUUCGGGGAGAGAUGUUUCUCCCAUGAACCAGCGGAGGCUUGGGGGCUCGUGCUGUGGGGGGCACCUGUCUCUCGUUUUAUUUUAUUUUUUUGGAGGAGGGGUGUAACUCAUCAUGUCCAAAGUGAUCCAGAAGAAGAACCACUGGACUAGCAGGGUUCACGAAUGCACCGUGAAGCGGGGACCCCAGGGCGAGCUGGGGGUGACGGUGCUGGGAGGCGCGGAGCACGGGGAGUUUCCGUACGUCGGAGCGGUGGCGGCGGCCGAGGCGGCGGGGCUUCCCGGCGGCGGCGAGGGCCCGAGGCUGGGGGAAGGGGAGCUGCUUCUGGAGGUGCAGGGGGUCCGGGUGUCCGGCUUGCCCCGCUAUGACGUGCUGGGGGUCAUCGACAGCUGCAAGGAGGCCGUCACCUUCAAAGCCGUCAGACAAGGAGGAAGGCUGAACAAGGACCUGCGACAUUUUCUCAGUCAGCGGUUCCAGAAAGGGUCUCCUGAUCAUGAGCUCCAGCAGACCAUAAGGGAUAACCUUUACCGCCAUGCUGUGCCUUGCACAACCCGAUCUCCCAGAGAAGGAGAAGUGCCUGGCGUGGACUAUAACUUUCUGACUGUAAAGGAGUUCUUGGACCUCGAGCAGAGCGGGACUCUUCUGGAAGUCGGCACCUAUGAAGGAAACUAUUAUGGGACACCCAAGCCUCCUAGCCAGCCAGUCAGUGGGAAAGUGAUCACGACGGAUGCCUUGCAAAGCCUUCAGUCUGGCUCUAAGCAGUCGACCCCGAAGAGAACCAAGUCCUACAAUGAUAUGCAAAAUGCUGGCAUAGUCCAUGCGGAGAAUGAGGAAGAGGAUGAUGUUCCUGAAAUGAACAGUAGCUUUACAGCAGCCGAUUCUGGUGAACAAGACGAGCACACUCUCCAAGAAACGGCACUACCACCUGUGAAUAGUAGCAUCAUCGCUGCUCCCAUCACGGACCCUUCUCAGAAGUUCCCUCAAUACCUACCUCUUUCUGCAGAGGAUAAUUUAGGUCCUCUACCUGAAAACUGGGAGAUGGCCUAUACCGAAAAUGGAGAAGUCUAUUUUAUAGACCAUAACACGAAAACAACUUCUUGGUUAGACCCUCGGUGCCUGAACAAGCAGCAGAAGCCUCUGGAAGAGUGUGAAGAUGAUGAAGGGGUACACACCGAGGAGCUGGACAGUGAACUAGAACUGCCUGCUGGUUGGGAAAAGAUCGAAGACCCUGUCUAUGGUAUCUACUAUGUAGACCACAUCAACAGGAAGACACAGUAUGAAAAUCCAGUUCUAGAAGCCAAGCGGAAGAAGCAGUUUGAGCAGCAGCAGCAACAGCAGCAGCAGCAGCAGCAACAGCAGCAGCAACAGCAGCAACAGCAGCAGCAGCAGCAGCCCCAGCAGACGGAAGAAUGGACAGAAGAUCACUCAGCCCUUGUGCCUCCUGUUAUUCCAAACCACCCCACAAGCAAUCCAGAACCAGCCAGAGAAGCUCCACUUCAGGGCAAACCCUUUUUUACACGAAACCCUUCUGAGUUGAAAGGCAAGUUCAUUCACACGAAGCUGCGGAAAAGCAGUCGUGGCUUUGGCUUCACGGUGGUUGGAGGGGAUGAACCUGAUGAGUUUCUCCAGAUCAAGAGCUUGGUCCUAGAUGGUCCUGCUGCAUUGGAUGGCAAGAUGGAAACAGGGGAUGUGAUUGUCAGUGUGAAUGACACCUGUGUUUUGGGACACACACAUGCUCAAGUUGUGAAGAUCUUCCAGUCUAUCCCCAUUGGUGCCAGUGUGGACCUUGAGCUCUGCCGAGGUUAUCCAUUGCCUUUUGAUCCAGAUGACCCCAAUACAAGUUUAGUGACCUCGGUAGCCAUUUUGGAUAAAGAGCCAAUUAUUGUGAAUGGGCAAGAGACCUAUGAUUCACCAGCUAGCCACAGUAGCAAAACAGGCAAAGUCAAUGGCAUGAAGGAUGCCAGGCCAAGCAGCCCAGCGGACGUGGCUUCAAGUAGUUCUCAUGGUUAUCCUAAUGACACUGUUUCUUUGGCUUCCUCCAUAGCCACUCAGCCAGAACUCAUAACUGUUCAUAUCGUCAAAGGGCCAAUGGGCUUUGGUUUUACUAUUGCAGACAGUCCUGGUGGGGGUGGCCAAAGAGUGAAACAGAUUGUUGACAGCCCAAGGUGCCGAGGCCUGAAAGAAGGGGAUCUCAUAGUGGAAGUUAAUAAGAAGAAUGUGCAGGCUCUAACUCACAACCAAGUGGUGGAUAUGCUGGUUGAGUGUCCUAAGGGGAGUGAGGUCACAUUGUUGGUGCAACGAGGAGGACUGCCAGUUCCCAAGAAGAGCCCAAAGUCGCAACCACUGGAAAGGAAAGACAGCCAGAAUAGUUCUCAGCACAGUGUUUCCAGCCACCGGAGCCUGCACACAGCAUCCCCAAGCCACAGCACACAGGUGCUCCCCGAGUUCCCACCUGCAGAGGCCCAAGCUCCAGAUCAAACUGACAGCUCUGGCCAGAAAAAACCAGAUCCUUUUAAAAUCUGGGCCCAGUCCAGGAGCAUGUAUGAAAACCGACCUAUGUCACCUUCACCUGCAUCGGGAUUGAGCAAGGGUGAGAGAGAGAGAGAAAACAAUUCCACGAAUUUUGGAGAAUGUCCGAUUCCAGAUUACCAGGAACAGGACAUCUUCCUCUGGAGAAAAGAGACUGGAUUUGGAUUUAGGAUUCUGGGUGGAAAUGAACCAGGGGAACCUAUUUAUAUUGGUCACAUCGUACCAUUGGGUGCUGCUGAUACAGACGGCCGCCUGAGGUCUGGAGAUGAAUUAAUCUGUGUGGAUGGGACGCCAGUAAUUGGAAAAUCACACCAGCUUGUGGUCCAGCUUAUGCAACAAGCUGCCAAGCAAGGCCACGUCAAUCUCACGGUGCGGCGUAAAGUGGUUUUUGCGGUGCCCAAAACCGAGAACGAGGUUCCCUCGCCAGCCUCCUCUCAUCACAGUAGCAACCAGCCGGCCUCGCUGACAGAAGAGAAGCGCACACCGCAGGGCAGCCAGAACUCGCUGAACACCGUGAGCUCGGGCAGCGGCAGCACCAGCGGCAUCGGCAGCGGCGGCGGCGGGGGCAGCGGUGUGGUCAGCACCGUAGUGCAGCCCUACGACGUGGAGAUCCGGCGCGGGGAGAACGAGGGCUUCGGCUUCGUCAUCGUGUCCUCGGUGAGCAGGCCCGAAGCAGGCACGACCUUUGCAGGCAAUGCAUGUGUGGCUAUGCCUCACAAAAUAGGUCGGAUUAUUGAGGGGAGCCCUGCUGACCGCUGUGGCAAGCUGAAAGUAGGAGACCGGAUCUUGGCAGUAAAUGGAUGUUCCAUCACCAACAAAUCCCAUUCAGACAUUGUGAACCUAAUCAAGGAAGCAGGAAACACAGUUACCCUCCGCAUCAUUCCUGGGGAUGAGUCCUCGAAUGCAACCUUGCUGACCAAUGCAGAGAAGAUCGCCACCAUCACCACCACACACACCCCUUCUCAGCAGGGGGCCCAGGAGACAAGGAAUACCACCAAACCAAAGCAGGAAUCUCAGUUUGAGUUCAAAGCUCCCCAGGCAACACAGGAGCAAGACUUUUACACUGUGGAACUGGAAAGAGGAGCCAAGGGAUUUGGCUUUAGCCUUCGAGGGGGCCGAGAGUAUAAUAUGGACCUCUACGUUCUGCGCUUAGCAGAGGAUGGUCCUGCAGAGAGGUGUGGAAAGAUGAGGAUUGGUGAUGAAAUUUUAGAGAUCAAUGGUGAGACCACCAAAAACAUGAAGCAUUCUCGAGCUAUAGAACUGAUUAAGAAUGGUGGCCGCAGAGUUCGUCUGUUUCUGAAGCGGGGAGACGGCUCAGUACCAGAAUAUGCGAUGAUACCUCCUAAUAUCGCUGCAUGUAUGAGAAAUGAAAAGCUCGGGGAGGCUUGCUUCUACCUUAUGGGCCAUAAUCAAACUACGACCCCAGCAGCGACCGCCACGGCCCCGCCACCGGUCCACAAGGUGUUCCGGAAGUGAGGGCCGGGCCCGACCGCCGGCAGCAUCCGUCAUUGGAGUCCAGUUACCUACCCGAUCUUCACAAAUCAUCACUACAUGGGGAAAAGCGGGAACACGCGAGGGAUCCGAAAGGCAGCAGGGAGUAUAGCAGACAACCCAAUGAACACCACACCUGGAAUGGGACUUCGAGGAAACCCGACAGCGGGGCAUGCCGACCCAAGGACCGGGCGCCGGAGGGACUGAGGGACGCGCAGGCCGAGCGCGCGGCGGCCGCCAACGGCCCCAAGAGGCGGUCCCCGGAGAAGCGGAGGGAGGGCACCCGCAGCGCCGACAACACUUUGGAGAGGAGGGAGAAGCACGACAAGAGACGAGAGGUCUCUCCCGAGCGGAGGCGAGAGCGGUCACCCACCCGCAGGAGAGACGGCUCGCCCAGCCGGCGGAGACGGUCUCUGGAGAGACUCCUGGAGCAGAGGAGGUCCCCCGAGCGCAGGAGAGGAGGCUCGCCCGAGCGGAGGGCCAAGUCCACCGACCGGAGGCGCGCGCGCUCCCCCGAGCGCAGGAGAGAGCGGUCCCUGGACAAAAGGAACAGAGAGGACAGAGCCAGCCACCGAGAAAGGGAAGAGGUGAAUCUGAAACAGGAUGCUGGCAGAAGUUCCAGACAUCCCCCGGAGCAGAGAAGGCGACCUUACAAAGAAUGUAGCACCGACCUCAGUAUCUGAGACGCUGAGUCACAUUCCAACCUUUACCGUGUCAAAGGUUCUAAGAGGAAGGUCACAAACCUGAAAUUAUUUAGUUUCUUAUCUAAUGAAGCAUCUGACACCUGAUGAUCCUAUGAAUAACAACAAACAUUUUAUGCAUUUGAAAUCUUAUAAGAAAAAAAUAUAUGAAAAGUAUUGUGCCUGAUGUAUCAUAUUAAAGAAAGUAUUUUUAAAUGCAUACUUUUUUGGAAAUUAUUUGCCAAAUGCUGGCCCAAAGGGAUAUAAAUUUUGUUGCUACGUAACCUGUAGAAUCGUCAAGAAUCGUUCCCAUUUUUGGGCAAUCUUUUUCUCUCCUGGUUAAAUGGGGCUGUUGAUCAUUUUCUCUAAGUAAGGGAAUUUAUUGAUUAAGUUUAAUUAAUUUGAUAUGGAGUGUUAUGUAGUGAUGUAGUGCUAUACUGUAGUCAGGAGUUUUUCUUAAAAGCAGAGAGCAAAAAGGCAAAGUUUUAUUUGUAAAAGCUGAGGACCCUUUGGGAUGGAUUAAGUUUGCUGAUGAUCCUAAAAUUAAGCAAACUGUAUGACAAGACUACUAUUGCAAAUGAAGGAUAUUUAUAGCUGAACUGUGCAGCACAAAGUUUUAUAUUGUGAGUUAUAGUUGGUUCAGAAAACAGUUUGUACUCUCCCUGGCCCAGGAAGGCACAGAGACAAAAAUGUCGGCUACCUUUACCUAAUACAGCCCAAGCACAGUCAGGUUCAUGAUCAUCUCCAAUAUCUAAUAAAAUCUCAUUUAAGGCAAUGCCAUCACAGCUUUGCUCAGUUACUGCAAGAAACAGACAACAAGCAUCUUCCAUGUUGUCUCAUUGGAAGCUGAAUAGUAGAUGGAAUGGGGACAGCAUGCCUGGUGUGAGGAUAAGAUCUCCAAUUUGGAAAGCAUGGCCCCUGUUUUUAGUAUAAGCCCAUGGUUGCCCUUUGCCAAAUUGGGGAAGAGGGAAUGAGCCUUGGUGGAAGGAACCUCUCUGUUGAUAUUUAAAGAAUUGAGGGCUGUGGAUAUUCAUUCUUAGAAAUGCCAAUUUCACCUUGAAACCAUAGUCCAAGUCUCUAGGUUGGUGGAAGGGAAAGAAAGGAAGUGGUCCCAGUGGUUCUAGAUCUGGUUGGGAAACUUCUGCCUCAUGACUCUGUCCUUUGAGUCUUUGGACAGCAGCACAAAACAUAAUGAUUUUUCUUUUUGAACAGACCCAUUCUUUUUGAUACCACAGGAGUUGUGGUUGGGUCGGCCAUAGCCCCGGGAUGUGGUUUAAGUGGAUUACUGCCUAGCUGAGCCAAAAUGUUUGCUUGUACCUGUUGGACCACUACAGCAAACCUGCUUACAGUGCAUUGUGUAUUUCUGUAGUACUUUUGCAUUUUCCAUACAGACAGAAAACUUUGCAAGUCAAUCACUGUUGUUCCCAUGGUACUGUAAGAAAAAAAAGGAAAAAGAAAAAAAAAAGAAAACCAGCCAAUCAUUGUGUGUACAGAGCUAAAAAUUGUAAUUAAUAGAGCCUGUUGGGAAAAAAAAAAAAAGAAAACAACUGUUGCCUUUUUUUCUUGUAUAAAAGAGAAUUUAUGACAAAAAUUUAGCUGUGAGGAAUGUGAUAUGUGUUUAUAUUUCUGAAUAUGGAACAAAUUGAUUCAUGGGGAUAUAUUUUAAUGUAAACUAAAUCAGGUAUGUAAAGUUGUUUUAAAAUGGGAGACUAUAUAAGCAAUUCUCUAAAGCUUUAGUUGGUUUGAAUUAUCAUCAUUUCCUCCAUGGUGAGCCUGCUUGUGAAUUAUUAAGCACUUGUUUGCAUUCUCUGUUUUUCACUCAUUUAUUUCUUGCAGUGUGCUAUGGACUUAAUGCUCUUUCUGUAUUGAUGAAAAGCAGUAUGUGGGCCAAUCUUUUUAUAAAACACUAUGCAUAUAUAAAUAUUACAUUGUUCAUAGCUUUAUUUGACUUAUGGGUUUAUACAUAACAUUAGAAUGAGUAGCUAUAGUUGUGUGGACAUUUGAAAAGAAGUUCCUUUCCUGGAACAGACACAAUACACAUUCUAUAGCUAAAAAGGAGGGAAAAGUCUGUGAAUGCUAUUUUUAUUAUUAAAGUUUUCCAUACAAAGCAUACAUUGAGCUGUAGUAAGGCUGAGGAAGAGUACAACUGAAUAAUGAUGUUCUUUUCCAUCAAAUUCCUGAGAGUCAACUUGGAGAUUUUAUUCCCAAGACUCUACUGCUAGGAUUCUUCUCACUAGUUCUAACAAAAUCUGUGAUGUUAAAUGACUUAUACUCUCAAUUGUGGUCCAGAGUUUUAAAUAAAUGAAAUCAAGGUGGAUUUGGAGAGUAUAUCCUGAAGUUAACAUCUCGAUGUCCUUCUUGUUGUAAGAUGAUAUUUGACAUUUUUAAAUCUAUGUGCUACCCACCUGGGCUUGUCUCAAUCUGUGGACUUUUUGGUGUGGCAGUUUCACCUGAAUUCCACACAUCAUAUUUGUUUGGAAAUAUUGUACUGUAUAGGGACUAUGCAUUAAGCAGAAAGAGUUUUCGUUGAACUACUGUAACCUUAAAUUGGAAACUGAUUCUUGUGAACCUACUUUCCUUAAUCCCGCUCCUCUACUUAAUGUAAAUGUCUUGAUGAGAGAUGAUGGAUGACUAUUUUGUAUGAUGAAAUCAAAUGAUUUAGGCAUUUAUCUCCCUCCAUUACACAGUUGAUGCCUGAAAGAAUGUUGGGGGGGAGGACUCAACACCCUAAUUGUAUUUUUUAAGUUUCUUUUGUGAAAGAUUUUUUAAUGCAUUUUUACUGUAAAAAUACAUGGAAAUGUAUGCAUUCCACAACCAC